AUGAGCUGGCCCACCUCCACUGAAUACGCCGUCGCCCUUCCGCCCACUCAUUGCUCCUUACCCCAGCUCGCCUAUGCUGUCAGCGCGGCCGCGAAAGAUAAGGGGAAAGCCCCUGCCAACAGCCAGCAGCCUCUUCCCGCUCCUGAUUCCUUCCACGUUCAUACAACCACCAUUCAAGCCAGUAUCUCGCGUCCCGAUCAAACGAUUGACUAUUACAACCGCGCACCAGAGCCCAAUCCUGCUUAUGGAAUAUAUCAAGACAUAUGCCGCACUCUCGUGCAGAUUAGCGAUGCUUCUGAGCCUGUCACCAUUGCCGCCCCUUCCAACCUGGUACUUCGCAGACCAUGGGUCCCUGAACCCAGAAAAUCAUAUAAUGGUCGCGUUGCUGCCGGGCCUGCUCCUGUAGGCGUAAGGGUGCACCUCCCACAUACUGCUAAAUCGGAGACAUUCCUGAAAAUUGACAGCCUCCCACACUCUUCUCCUCAAGAGUGGAUGCCUUCGGCUACGGGGUGGGACAUGAAGCACUGGAUUCAUGCUGCCAUCGCCUUGGACCCUCACAAAGACCACCAACCCUCCAGAAAGGGCGCGUAUCGCGGAGAGACGCAAAAGAUUCACCUGAGAAGCAGCGCCAAGGUGUGCUGGUUCCCAGGGGAAGAUUCUGGGGCAACCCCCGACUUUCAAAUCAUCAUCACAAUUCAGGCAUAUCUCGAUAUGGCAGUGAUAGCUGCCCCUCUUCCCGACACGGCAAAAGACAUGAUGGGUCUUAUCUUGCACUCUUUAAUCCCAUCGCGUACCUCAACAGCGCCGACUACCGAGCUGGAGGACCGCGCCGCCGGUCUUCGCGAUUUCUACGCUUGUCUCGGGCCUGCACCAGAGCUCCCGCAUUGGUUAGAGGCAAGCGCCCUCCAACCGAAAGAAAUGGUCUCAAAGCUUCUGCCGUUCCAGACGCGGACUGUCAAGAUGUUGAUGGAGCGCGAAGGGGCUGGUCGCGUGGAGGAAGACGCCGGGAUGAGACAUGACCCGAAAGGCUUCUGGCAAGAACUCCAAUGGGAUCAUGAGGGACGCCGCUUUGCGUACAGAAGGGCCACAGGCGACAUUAUACUUGUUUCUGCGAACGGCGACAAGGGCAAAGAAAGAGGACACGGCGACGGUAGGGCCCCAUUGAGCCCAGAAUUGCCAUGUCUUAUCGAUCUUUCACAUGUCAACGGGUCAAUGUUAUGUGAAGAGAUGGGUCUCGGCAAGACUGUAGAAACGAUUGCUCUCGUUGCCCUACAUCGUCAUCCGUUGUCCACGCCCCAUCUUGACAUCACGCCAUCUAUUUGGCCUUCCAACCCUCCGGGGUACAACGUGAAUACCUCCGCGGCCAAUGACCGCGUCUCAACAAUCGAUCUUUCAAAAGGCGUCCCUGGUUUAGACGAUCCUGUCGCAAGAAAUUGGGCGGAAGCAGAGAAAGCCGCAUUUGCGGGACGCAAAGCUUGGGAUGCACAGGCACAGUUGAACGUCUCUGAGGUAGCUGCGACUCUAAUCGUUACUCCACCUUCUCUACUUAAACAAUGGGUGGCCGAGAUCAGACGACACGCUCCCUCUCUUCGAGUCUGUGUUUACGAUGGAUGGCAAUCACUGCAAAGAGGAGUGGAAAAACAGCGCGAUGCCCAGAAGAGGAUACGAGCAAAAAAAGAGACGGAACGCAAGCGUAAAGCGCAGGAACAGAGCAGGAACAACACUCGGAACAAGUAUGCAAAGACCUCAAAUGGACAGGCCGUCAAGUCUGAACAUCAUGAGGAGAAGGCGGAAGUAGAUGACCAGGAGGAGGAAGACGGCACGCCAGAGACGAUUCUCGAUAUCACGCAAAGCCAGUUCUUGGAAUAUGUUCGGAGCCAUGACAUUGUGAUAACGACUUAUCAAGACUUGUCAUCUGAUCUCAAAGUUGCUCUACCGGCACCCGCAAGAAGCAGAAGGUCAAAGGCGAAUUACAGGCUCAGUGACCGCCCGCGGAGCCCUUUGGUCAUGGUCGAAUGGUGGAGGGUCAUCAUGGACGAAGUACAGCUGCAAGGCGAUUCCGAUUCUGCCGCUAUGGUCUCAGUAAUUCCGCGUAAACUUUCACUCGCCGUCUCUGGAACGCCUGCCCGAGGGGACAUAAAAGAUCUCAUGGGUUCUUUGAAAUUCCUACGCGUCCCGGUUCUCCCAUACGACAACCGCCUCUGGCACCGCAUCCUACAGCCCUCCUUCCGUCCCGCAUUCGAAGGACUCUUCCAAAGCCUUGCUAUAAGGACUACUAAGAAAGAAGUCUCAAGCGAGUUUGACCUCCCUCACCAAUCGCGAUUCAUUGUCCCCAUCGAGCUGUCCGAAAUCGAGAUGCACUACUAUACCGAUACUCUGGAACGUGCCAGAGAACGUCUGCACCUCCCAGCCGACCCUAGCGAAGCGCGACCUCGGGAUUGGGUUCUAGACCGCGCAAUGUUUCUGCAAGUUUUCAGAAUGCUCAGGCAGAUCUGUACGCACAUCCAGGUGGGACAGAUGCAAGCUGGGGGAGGCCAGGCGUCGCGGGGUGAUCAGAGAAGGAAAUUGGGAAGGACGUUGAUGACAAUGACGGAGGCGUUGGAGAAAAUGAGAGAAGACCAUGAACAGGAGACCCUUGCGGAGGCCCGUCAGCAGAUGCGGGUGAUUAUUCGCCAGGCGCAACUUAUUAUACUAGACGAGCAGAACGAUUUGCGACAUUUACAAGCUCUUGCCUUAUAUGACCGAGUGCGCCAUUCAAUCGACCGAUAUAUGGAGUCGGUCCAACAGGAACUCAAAAAGCUGCUUGGGGGCCGAGGGGAGGGCGAGGUUUCCGACAAUGAAUAUGACGUUGGUGAUAUGUCAGACAGAAUCUCCCAGCAGGAAAAGGCAAAGCGAGCGGCUAUCAUUACUCAUACUGUCCUCUACAGUCUUCGAGAGUUGGCGAUUAUCAAACAUCAAGCCCUCUUUUUCAGCGGCGAUGCUCACCACGUACAGCACGAAGACGAAAAAGAAGUUUCUGCCUAUGCCCAAGCCGAUGCAAUCCGAAAGGAUGUCCUCAAGGUACCUCUGGCUGCUGCAAAUAUGGCUUUGCAAUACUUGAGAAGGACCGUGACCCGCUCACCCGCUCUCAAAACUCUGGACGAUCUGCAAAUAUCCGACGUCAAAAGAAAAGGCGGUAUCCAGACCUACGAUGUCUUUGCUCAAGCCAACGAGCUUUUAAAGAUUAUGAACGACAAUGCGCUAUUGGUCUUCAAUUGGCGCGACAAGAUAUAUGAGCUGCUGAUUUUACCCGUCGAGGGCGAGAAACCUGAGGCUCGUGAAGGCGCCGGAGCUCAAGAUAUCGAGGAUCCGGAAGAGGAGUACUAUGCGGAGGCCUUAAAGGCACAAGGAGAGGGCAGGUUUAACAUCUCCUGCGCCCUCGAGGCUUAUCUGAUUGCAUAUGCGGCGGCUCUAGCAGAUCGCAAAGAGUUCAUGUUUGAAAGUCGAAGCCUUCUCGCAAGUCACGACGCUCGACGAAGCACGAAUGCGGCAAUGAAUGCUCUAGACAGUGUUGAAAUUCCUGCGGUUGUCGGUGACGACAUUGAAGCGCAAGCCAGCAUCCUCAUGGCUGAGAGAGAAGCUUUCCGCAACGCUCGUAUGGAGAGAGGCUGCGAUCGGCCUCUGAAAGCUCUUUUGAUGGAGCUUAACGGUGAGCAAAACGUCGUUCUGCUUCAGCGUGUGAUUGAUCAAUGCGCAGCUGUGAUCCACGGCCCUCACAGGCAAGAAGAGAUCGACAUUGCCAAGGCCAUGGUGGCUGUGCUCAAACACUACUUGACUCGUCAAGGGGACAAUCUUGAAAAGUUGGAUAAAGAACUGGAUCUGUUCAGGCAGGCUUUCAAUCGACGUGUAAAGUACUUUGCAUCUUUGCAGGAACUGUCAGAUUCUGUUGCGGUCCCUGAUUUCAAGGAUCUCGGGCGGGACAUUGAAGCUGCCGCCCAAGAGGUCAAUGAACUUGAAGUCAAAUUGGCAAAGAUGGCUGUCAAAGGCAGAUAUUUACAGUACCUCGGUACCAAAGAACAUGACGAAAAUGAUUUAAAAGAGGACUGCAUCAUUUGUUUCGGUAGCUCUGACUGUCAAGAGGCGGUAUUGUUGACGUGUGGUCAUUACUUUUGCCAGUCUUGUUUCAAGGAAUACAGAGCCACGCCUGGCGGGAGAAAGUGUCCAUCGUGCCGAGUCGCUAUCAACGACAAGGAAACCCAACGUAUCAAGCUAAAUCAUGGGCGCCCCGAGCCAGCUGAAGGCUCGAGGGAGACUCCGGCCCUGACGUCGACAGAGUCACAACCACAAAAGGGUCCUGAGAAUCCAGAUAUAUCCCCGGAGGAGGCCGAGAGACUUAGUAGGAUCGCUGAUCUAGAAAAGCUGAGAAUGUUAGAAGACGAUCGUAGAAGGGCCAUCAUGUUGAUGGACAUGAUGGGAGAGUACGGCAGCAAAAUCAACUUCCUAGUCAAACACCUACUCUAUUACAAGUCCAAAGAACCUCGAUCUCGCCACGUCAUCUUCUCCAAUUGGUCUGACUCCCUGAACAUCGUGAUGGCCGCUCUGAAGAUGAACGGCAUUUCCUUUUUAGGAUUUGACCAAGGCAAAAAGCAAAAGGACAUUGUCGAAAGGUUCCUCAAUGACGAAUCCAUCACUGUUUUCUUACUUCAUGCUGAGAGGGAAAGCUCGGGCCUGACUCUUACUAGCUGCCGAGUGGUUCAUCUGCUCGAACCCGUUCUGAGGCAUUCAUACGAGUUGCAAGCUAUUGGAAGAGUCGACAGGCUGGGACAAGACAAGGAGACUUCCGUGUUCUGUUAUGCCACGAUGGAUACUGUAGAAUCCAGAAUCCUUUCUCAGGGUGUUCGCAAUGGCACGUCUAUCUACUUGGCAAGCGAAGAUGCCGAUGACGUUGUAGCAGAGAUGCCCAAUGUAGCAAGCGCUGCGCAUAAAGGCGGAGAUGUGACGGCAGGAGGCAGUGAAGAGGAAAUGUUGGGUCUGAUUUUGUAG